GAUAAAAUAAAUUAUGAUGGACAACGAGGAGAAUGAACGAAAAUUUUUAAUAGACUGCUUUACUAACGACGGAUGGUUUUACAUCGUGAAAGAAUCGGCUUUGUUGAUAACAGAAAAAUCUGAAAUUAAAGUUGGGGCUAAAGUGCAAUUCGCGUAUCCUGAGGACGUUAAACAGCCGAAAAUUCGAAGAGGAAAAAUUAUCAUGGAAUCAGAAUCUGACGAAAUUUUGGACAAGGAAAUGGAAAGGAUGAUAAAAAAAUAUGAAAAAUAUAAUAUUACGAAGGCUGAGGUAGUAGACAAAGAAAAUUUGGAGUAUGAAGAGAAAAGAUUAAGAUUCAAGGAAAGGGCAAGAGAAGGAAAUGUCUUUAUGGCUGUGCAUUUACAAAAUGAAUUAAAUAUAAAAAAUAAAGAGAAAGAAAAUUUAAUGAUUAAAAUUUCAAAUGCUUUGACAUUAACGGAAGAAGCCAAUGAAGCACUUUUAAAUAUUACAAAGGACCUGCAAGAAAAUUGGAAACCUCAAUAA